GAAAAGACCGAACAGGAUGAAGCAGCGUUGUAUAUUUUAUGUGAUAUUUUUGACAUUAAUAUAUUGUGAUGGCGAAGGUAAUGCUGAAGAUGUUUGUCAACCUGAAUCGCCACCUGCCCCUGAUAACGGAAAGGUUUGGUGCAAUAACUCAAACAGACCAAAUUCUGUCUGCAUGUUCACAUGUGAACCAUAUCAUACAUUAGUCGGCGACAAAAUCAGUAAAUGUCUUAAAACAAUCAACGGGACAAGUUGGACCGAAGCUAAUAUUGAAUGCAAACCUGAUCACUGUGAACCAGAGAUACAUUCAUUACCAAAUGGCGUGGUCACGUGCUCUCAUGGAAGUAAUGUGAGAUCAGUUUGUCACUACAAAUGCACAAUGCCCGGUACUAGCAUGUUCUUGGGAAUGAAAAAUACAAAUCGCUGUUUACCUUCGAAGAAAUGGGAUGUGAAACCACCAUGCUGUCAAGCACCGUGUCCAUCCAGUGCCAAGAUGGAUGCUGUUAUCAUAAUGGAUUCGUCUGGCUCGGUGGGGGAAGCCAAUUGGGAAAUCAUGUUCACCUUUGUUCAAUCAUUAAUUAGAGCAUUUCCAAUAUCUCGGAAGUUAACGCACUUUGCCAUGUUUCGGUAUCACAGUCGGGUUGACGAAGUAUCUGCCACUCACCUGGAAGAUUAUGACCGAUUGCUGGACGGAUUACUGUAUAACAUGAAGAAAAUGGUUUUUCAAGCAGGAAAAACAAUGACCGGAAUGGCUCUACGUUAUGCAGAAAACAGAAUAUUGAGAUCACCAGCAAAUCGGCCAGAUGCACGAGAUCUUGUCAUUUUGCUAACUGAUGGAAACUCCAAUGAUAAUGCGGAGAAUCCGGCAAAAAUUAUCAGGGGAAUGGGAAGAACGAUUAUUGUGAUAGCAAUCGUACAACGAUACGGCUCUCUGUCAAUGGAUAGAUUCUACGUUCUAGCGGGUGAUCCUUCAAAUGUUCUUCUGAUUGAUGGAUUUCGGAGGCUCGAUGCUGAACUUCUAAGAAAUCUGAUAAAUAAAAUUUGCAACGACAUAUGCAUAAAUACUGAAAUUAUUCAAUAAAUCAAUUUUAAUGUU